ACUUCAUUUGAAAACGAAACUAAAAUGAUAAGAUAACUACUAUCGUCGCUUUUAUGGGUAUAAUUACCACUUUACACGCCACUGUUUUAUUCGCUUACUAAAUCAUCCCCGAACAUAUACUAAAAAUAUACACUUUAGCAUUAUAUGGAUAACAUACAUAAUGUGCGAGCAUUAAGAUGGUAAGCAAAAUCUUUUUUUAGAAAAGACAUAUGAUACUAAAGGCAAUUUGUGUUAAAGUGAACUAAAUGUUUGCUAAUGAAAUGUCGAUUAUUAAAUUAGUUACGUUAGAUCCAUCAGAGUGAAUAGAUGGAGUAAGAAUAUUGUGAGAAAUUCGUCCCCAAACUCGUAUUCAAUAACAUGGUAUUAAACAAAAGUCCGUUGAUAAAAUUUUCUGUAAUUAUAACAGUGUUCCUAAUAAUUCUCUACGUAUAUUAUCUAAGAAUUACCAAACAACAAACAUCUCCUACAAUUCGCCGUUUAGAGACUGUAAUAAUAAAUUAUUCUACAACCAAAGAAGUGGAAGAACGACAACCUGAAGGACCAACACGCAUUGUAUAUUCGUAUGCCGAUUUGGGGGUAGAUUUAUGCGAUCGAGGUGCAACAAGGCUCGAUUGGCCCAAAAAAGCAAUUUUUAAUCCUGAAACAUUUCAAGAAUGUCCUGAAGCGGGAAUUGUUACAGCUGUCGUAGGUGGAAGAACUGGAAACUAUAUGUGGGAGUAUGCUUCAACCCUAGCGUUGUCAAAAGUGACGGGACUACCCCCGUUUAUGCCAAAAUGCCUAAAAGACGAACUGAGUGUGAUUUUUCAAAAUUUAACUGUACCAACUUUUGCAGAAAUCUCUAACUGUCCAAUAAAAGCCGAUAAAUACGUUGAAGCAUUAGAUGACUGGGACAACCAUACCCAAAGUAUCAUAUUACCAAGGUACCACUUCCAAAAGGCACCCGUUUCGAUGUACCUAGACACCAUCAGGCAAGAAUUCACUUUUAGGCCGAUAAUUAAAGGUAAAGCUGAACAGAUACUGAGGGCUAUUGUGGAUCAGCUACCUCCAUCUAAGUACACAUUUGUCGCAGUUCAUGUCCGAAGAACUGAUUAUAUUAAAUAUUUAAAACGAAAAUACGGCUAUACGCCCGUAGAUCCGAGUUUCUUCGUAAGAGCCAUGAACUAUUUCAAAAAAAAAUACCCGAAUUGCGUUUUCAUAUUCGUAAGCGAUGAACCGAAAUGGUGUUACGAGACAUACGGGAGCCUCAAGAAUGUGUUUGUGCCCUCAUUAAACGUAAAAUAUACCCCGGCCGUAGAUCUGGCCCUUAUGGCGGCUUGUAAUCACACAAUUUACGAUUAUGGAACUUUUGGGGAUUGGGGGGCCUUCUUAGCCGGGGGCGAGGUUGUGAUGUAUAAUAUGACCGACAACGAAUGGAAACCGAAUUAUUUGGAAAACUGGAGUCUGAUGGAUUGAGCGGAUUUGGUGUGAUAUAUGUUUUUUACGUUUUUUGGAAUUAUAUUUUUUAUAUUUUUUAACUGUUUUUAAAUAAAUAUCAAGAUAUUUCACGUU